AUGAUAAAAUCCUUUGUUAGACAAUUAUCAAGAACAUCACCACGUUUAACCAUGUCAUCAUCCGUUGAAUCAGCCAAAAAAUUAGCUGCUUAUAGAGCAGUUGAUGAAAACUUCCCACCAAAAGCUAAAGUCAUUGGUAUUGGAUCAGGAUCUACUGUCAUUUAUGUUGCCGAAAGAAUCGGACAAUUAGAAAAUAAAGAUUCUUUUAUUUGUAUCCCAACUGGAUUCCAAUCUAAACAAUUGAUCAUUGACAAUGGAUUGAAUUUAGGAGCUAUUGAACAAUAUCCUGAGUUGGAUAUUGCUUUUGAUGGUGCUGAUGAAGUUGACCCACAAUUGAAUUUAAUCAAAGGAGGUGGUGCUUGUUUAUUCCAAGAGAAAUUAGUUGCUUCUGCUGCUAAAAAGUUUAUUGUUGUUGCUGAUUAUAGAAAAGAAAGUAAGAAAUUGGGUGAAAGUUGGAGACAAGGUGUACCGAUUGAAAUUGUUCCAAACUCAUAUGCUAAAGUUACCAAACAAUUAUACGACAUGGGUGCCAAAAAAGUAGAUUUAAGACAAGGUGGUAAGGCUAAAGCUGGACCAGUAAUUACCGAUAACAACAACUUUUUAUUGGAUGCGGAUUUCGGGGAAAUUGAAGACCCCGAAGAAUUACACAAACAAAUCAAAUUACUUGUCGGUGUGGUGGAAACUGGUUUAUUCACCGAUAUGGCUGAUAAGUCCUAUUUUGGUGAAGAAGAUGGUAGUGUUGUUGUCUGGGGUCAAUAA